AAUGAGAGAGAGAGAGAGAGAGAGAGAAAGAGAGAGAAAGCUGUACAAACACUUUUAUGAUAGAUAAUUUUUUCUUUUCCAUACAGUUUAGAAAUAUCCUUUAAAAUUCCCCAUUUGGGACUCUUGGGAUUUUUGGGACAGAUGAUCUUGAAUUUUUUUUUGUCUCGUGCCUCAUGUCAUGAUGUAUGCUGCGUGGUGAACUGUUAUGGCGGAUUGUAUCGAGUGCAUAGAUGUGUGAUAUAUGUAAAUAAAUAAAUAUUGAAUCAUAUAGCUAAGUGAAAGUGAUAGUGAAGAUACAUAAAAAAAAGUGUAUAUUUUAUUUGGAUAAUUUGUCGGCAAGAUUUAAUCGGCACGAUAAACAUUAACUGAAGAAAUUAUAUAAGAAAGAUACGUAUUACUCCGAAACGAUAAGUACUCCGAUAAUGUCAACAUUUCUGCAAUUCAACUAUCUCAUACAUGAUGAACAUGCUAGAAAAGCGAUAGAGAGCUAUGCAGGAAUUUUGCAGGAAGCAUUUCAGCAAUAUCAAAAUUUGUGGGAAAAUUACAUAAAAUUACAAGAGAAAUAUGAACAGUGCAAUGUACACUCAUCCCAAAUGAAGAUAGAUAAACUUUGCACAGAAAUAAAAGAUGAACCAACAUCUCAAAGACAGUUGAAUAAUAGCACUAUUACACAAGAGGAAAGUAUUUCUUUGUUGGAAUUAGAUACAUUUAAUAUAGAUUCUGUUAAUCUUAAAUCCAAUACUGGAGUCGAAUCUCCUCCACGUCCGAGAGAGUCUCUGUGCAAAGAUACCGAUAAUGAAAGCCCCUCAAAGAGUCCAGUAUUUGCAAGAAAAGGCCUAAGAACUGGCGGCAUUUCUGUAAAGAAAUUCGCAUGUUCACCUGAAGUAGUUUCGAUAAAUAAUAAUUUAACAUCAGACACGAAGACACAUUGUAACUCUGAAAAAGUUUCUUCAGAAUAUAAUCAGAAAUUAGAGAUUAGUACAUCGCAACAUGUAGAAACCACAUUUCUACCAAAUGGAAAAAGAUUGAAGCAAUCUCGCCUAGUAUUUCAUCCAAUCAAGUGUAACGAGAAAAUAAUAUCAUUAAGUGAACAGAAUAAACCAGCCAGUAUAUUGCCAAAGGUAGAACAAGAAUCCAUACAAGAUAUUUCUAUAGUAAAAGCAUCUGUUGCUAUGGAAAAUAAUGCUGCAGAUAUCAAUGAAACUUUUGAGGAUGUAAUAGAAAUCAGUCCUACGCAGAGAAAUAUUACAUCUAAAGUUACAAAUCGUUUAAGACUCAAGAGAAAAACUUUUGCAAAGCAAACAAUAAAAAAUUCUUCAGGUAAAUAUAAAGACCAUGAUUCUGUUUCUAGUAUUACACCAAAAAUAAUGAUAGAUACUAUAGAUUUUGCAUUAUGUUCUUCACCUGAACAUACUUCUAUAGAAAUGGAAGAUGAUAAGUUACUGGUUGGAAACAUGACUAAUACUGUAGUUAAUGCAUUGAAAGAUAAAGUUAAUGUAAGUAAUCUUUCACCAAUAAAAAUAUGUAGCGAGAUCAAUGUUCAAAUUAAAAAAAAAGAUCAAUUGAUAACAAAUAAGGUACAAAUUGCUGAAAAAAAUAAUGGUUUUAUUUAUGAAGAUGAAAGCUUUUAUCUGCCUGACAAGCUAGCUGUAAACAAAAAUGAUACAAAUGAUUUCAAUUUGGAUGAUACGGAGAACAAGCCACCUGUAAAAAAAACAUCAUUGACUAAGUUUAAUAUACUGCUACAGAGAAAGGAAAAUAUUUCAGAGCAGAUUAAUAUGCGAUGCAAAGCUGAUAGAGCAAAACUGAAUGGUUGGGAUUGUUGGGAAUGUGAAGAAUAUUACAAAAAUCUGUUACUGUCGAAGGACGAAUUGCAGAAGCGAAAGAAUCAAUGCUCGCGGCAUCGGCACAAGUACGAGAGACCGAGUACACCAGAAGGAUUUUGGGAUCCAGAAUUUCCUGAGACACUGUCAAGCACAUAUCGGCAAAAUAAAACCUAACAUAUAUGUUACCAUUCAAUCAGAUAAUUGAAUUCUUGAAAAAGAAUGGAGAUGAAAGAAAAAAUCCAGAAUAUAGGAGAUACUUUAAUUGAUUUCAAAAUAAAAGGGUUUGAUUUUAUUUCACAUUAUAUUAUUAAUAAAAAUUGUACUAAUAAUAAAUAUUAAUUAUAUAUGCAUAAAUAUAAACAUACAUGCAUGCAUUUUAUUAUAUUUUCUUUAGUAAAAUUUUAUAAAUUUAAAUAAUGAUCAUAAAAUGCAAUUGCAAUUAUAUAAAUGUAAUAUACGCAUUAAGAGAUUUCAUGGGGAAAGUAUAAAUGCGAUCAUGGCUUGAACAUAGAUCGAUUUAUUAUUUUACAACAUGUAUAUAGUAUUAUAUUUUGGGGGUAACAUAGUAUAGAUUUAUAUAUAUAACUAUAUCAUUUCAUUUUUUUUUUUUAAUAUAUAGAUUCAUCCCUUUACAUAAAAAUAUAGAAUCUGUUUUGUGAGUCGGUACUAAAGAAGGCUAAUCAAACUUAGUUGCAGUGAUCAAGCGAAGUUUGACACAGUUUCAAGGUACAUUAGUGUUUCUGCCCCUUCCGAAAUUCCCUCGAAAAUAAUGUUGUUAAUUAAUUAUAUAGGCUCGCGAAACUUUAAUUCUUAAUAUCAGCUCCGAUAAAUUUCUCGCAACAUCAAAGAUACAUUUAAAACAAAAUAGAUGUUCUCUUAUUUUUUCAAAAAUUAAUUCAUUUCAAUGAAUAGAUGCGUUAUUAAAUAGAUAUGUAUAGAACACAUUUGCGAGAAAAAAUAAAACGAUCGAAUCACAAAAAAAGUUUCGAGUUUCGAAUCGCUAAAGAUAGUAUUAAACCCUGAUAUAAUAUACCUGGAUACUCCAAGCGUGAAUUAUAUAUUUACGUUAUAUAAUCUGCAUCAUUUAUUAUCGUUCAUUAAGCUAUAUGUAAUUCUCCAGCGAACAAUCGCGCACACAUAACACUUUAACUUUAAGACAUCAAGCCAAUUUUCUUACAACAAUUUCGAAAAAUAAAAUGUUGCUUAAAUUACACGAUUAUAUCCGCGCUUCUUGCGCGGAUUGAUGUGAUAAUUUGUGGCUGUUCGAUCGAUCAUCCACGCAUGCUUUAAACAUAAUAACUCUACGAUGCGACGUAACAAAAGCUCGAUAUACAUUUGAUACUUCGAAUAAUCCAAAAAAUUCGUCUGUAUAAAAAAUAAAUAUGUAUACAUAAAAUUUUUUUUAAUAAAUAUGAUAAUAAAACUGUGCUGUUUCAA